AUGUCUGCAACACAGUUACUUAACCCCAAGGCGGAGUCGAGGCGGCGAGCGGAGGCUCUCAAGGUGAACAUCAGCGCUGGCGAGGGUCUCCAGGAUGUCUUGAAGUCGAACCUGGGUCCGUCAGGGACUCUGAAGAUGCUGGUUGAUGGCGCUGGUGGAAUCAAAUUGACCAAGGAUGGAAACGUUUUGCUGCGAGAAAUGCAAAUCCAAAACCCGACGGCUGUCAUGAUUGCGCGUGCUGCGACAGCACAGGAUGAUAUCACUGGGGAUGGAACAACGUCGGUCGUGUUGUUGGUUGGAGAACUUUUGAAGCAGGCCAACCGUUACAUCAGUGAAGGAUUACACCCUCGCGUUAUCACAGACGGAUAUGAGAUUGCGAAGACUGAAGCCCUGAAAUACCUCGACCAAUUUAAGAUCGAAAGACCGAUCGACCGCGAACUGCUACUAUCUGUGGCCCGGACAUCUCUCUCUACGAAGCUAAACACCGCACUCGCUGAGAAGCUGACCCCUGACAUUGUUGAUGCCGUGCUUGCCAUCCACAAAGCCCCCGAGAAGCCCGAUCUGCACAUGAUCGAGAUCAUGACCAUGCAACACCGGAUGUCGUCGGACACUCAGCUCAUCCGUGGUCUUGCUCUGGACCACGGUGCGAGACACCCUGAUAUGCCGAAGCGUGUUGAGAAUGCGUUCAUCUUGACCUUGAAUGUCAGUCUCGAGUACGAAAAGUCGGAGAUCAACUCUGGGUUUUACUACUCCAGCGCUGAGCAGCGUGACAAACUGGUGGAAAGCGAGCGUCGCUUCGUGGACGCCAAGCUCCAGAAGAUUGUGGAGCUGAAGAAGGAGGUUUGCGGAAACGACCCGAAGAAGGGUUUUGUUGUCAUCAACCAGAAGGGUAUUGACCCCCUGAGUCUGGAUGUGCUUGUCAAGAAUGGCAUUUUUGCUCUUCGCAGAGCCAAGCGGAGAAACAUGGAGCGUCUCCAGCUGGUCUGUGGCGGAACCGCGCAGAACAGCGUGGACGACCUCAGCCCGGACGUUCUUGGAUGGGCCGGCCUGGUAUAUGAGCACCAGCUUGGAGAAGAGAAGUUCACUUUCGUUGAGGAGGUCAAGGACCCCAAGUCUGUCACCAUUCUCAUCAAGGGACCCAACCAGCACACCAUCGCCCAGGUCAAGGAUGCGGUUCGGGACGGCCUUCGCUCAGUCUACAACACCAUUGUCGACGGCUGCGUUGUGCCGGGUGCUGGUGCCUACCAGAUCGCCUGUGCGGCGCACCUCCGCAACUUCCGCAGCUCCGUCAAGGGCAAGGCCAAGUCGGGCGUUGAUGCAUUUUCCGAUGCCCUCCUGGUGAUUCCCAAGACCCUUGCCGCCAACUCAGGACAUGACAUCCAGGACUCGCUGGCUGCCAUGGAGGAUGAGCGGACUGAGGGCGUCCCGAUCGGCCUGAACUUGGCCACCGGGGAGCCGAUGGACCCCGUGCAAGAGGGUGUCUUCGACUCCUUCCGCGUUCUGCGGAAUUGCAUCGCCUCCAGCACCGGUAUCGCGUCGAACCUCCUCCUCUGCGACGAACUGCUCAAGGCUCGGCAGAUGAGCAGACAAGGCGGUCCUGCCGGUAUGGACGAGUGA